CAGGCAGGUGGACAGACAGAUCGAGCAGCCCUCCAUGAUGCGUGCUGCCUUCACGGACCUGCUCCUCCUGCGGCUCCGGGAUGCGGCUCUGUGAUCCGCUCGUCUCUGCGGCGGCGUAGCGAUGGUGUACGCCCGGUCGUCCAACACGGUCGGCGUGAACCCGUCGCUCUACUCUCCGUCCUUCACCUACCAGAUGUCCUUUAACUUGUCUGAGAGGGAGAACUCGACUGUCCUGGCAACCGCCGCCACCUCUCCGCUCUGCAGCCUGCAGGGCGCGCCCAACGCCACCUCCGCCCCCGACGAGCUGGCGUCCGGCGAGGCGGCGGCCCUGGGCCUGGUGCUGGGGCUCCUCUGGCUGGUGUCCGUCCUGGGCAACGCCCUGGUCUGCCUGGUCAUCCACCGCAGCCGCCGGACUCAGUCCACCACCAACUACUUCGUGGUGUCGAUGGCGUGCGCCGACCUGCUGAUGAGCGUGGGCUGGGCGCCGUUCGUCCUCCUGCAGGUCGCCUCGGGGCGAUGGCCGCUGAGCGCCGCCGCCUGCAAGGCCGUGCGCUACCUGCAGCACCUGUGUCCGGGCGUGCAGGUCUACGUGCUGCUGUCCAUCUCCGUGGACCGCUUCUACACCAUCGUGUACCCGCUCAGCUUCAAGGUGUCCAGGGAGAAAGCCAAGAAGAUGAUCGCCGCCUCGUGGCUGUUCGACGCCGCCUUCGUGCUGCCGUGCCUCUUCUUCUACGGCUCCACGCCGCCCGGCGCCGCCCACUGUGACUUCUUCCUCCCGGACAGCUGGGGCGCCGUCGCCUACGCCGCCGUCCACCUCCUGUUUGGGUUCCUGGUCCCGGCGGCGCUGAUCGUGGCGUUCUACCAGCGGGUGGUCCGCUACAUCUGGAGGAUCAGCGCCGACGGCCACUCGGUGCGCCGGACGAUGAACAUCGUCCCGAGGACUAAAGUCAAGACCAUCAAGAUGUUCCUCAUGCUGAAUUCAGUCUUCUUCCUCACCUGGACGCCGUUCUACAUCGCCCAGCUGUGGCACCCGAGGGAGUCCGACGGGCCGGGGCGGCGGGGGCUGCUGUUCUUCACGGCCAUCGCCUGGAUCUCCUUCAGCUCCGCGGCGUCCAAGCCCACGCUCUACUCCGUGUACAACGCCAACUUCAGGAGGGGGAUGCGGGAGACCUUCUGCAUGUCGUCCAUGAAGUGUUACCGCAGCAACGCGUACACCAUCACGGCCAGCUCGCGGAUGGCCAAAAAGAACUACAUCGGGGUGGUGGAGAUCCCCGUGCAAGCAAAGACGGUCGCCACGGACGCGGUCUACGACACGUUUGACCGGGAGGCGAAGGAGAAGAAGGUCGCCUGGACCACCAACGCCAACCCUCCCAACACUUUCGUCUGAGAGACGUGAACUCACGAGACUUUAUUCCUCAACAGCACAACGUCGGUGUUGGGAGGCGAGCCGGCUGGAGGCUAACAUGCUAACAUGCUAGCAUGCUAACAUGCUAGGCCUUUAAUGGACAAUGAUGAACACUAGACAGAAUGAGGUCGGUCUGUAUGAAGGGCUUUCUCUCCUGUCUCACAGCUUCUGGCAGCCAUAUUGGAGGUUCUCUGUUUUUAUACUUCAGAUUUAGUCAUAAUUUAUUUCCGUGCUGUGUUUUGAUGGAUUGUUUUUGCCUUUGAUGCAUCAUAUUUUGUGUUUUGAUAACGUGUGUCUGUCAGCUAGCUAACCAUCGACCAGUGACCUAUUGUUUGGCUGCAGUGAUAUAUGUGGUAGAAGCUAACGUGAGUGGUGGCUACUCGCCGUUUGUUAGCAUUGACUUCGCCCGCUUGGCUGCGUUCAGAGUAACGGUGAGUUGGCUCGCCAAUCAAAACCUUAAACUAGAGUUUGUUCAGGUUCGCUGAGCCGACUCACAGGACAAUCUACCAUGUUGUUUAAUAAAUAGUGAUGGAGAAGAGACACAAGUGCAUUCAAGGUUUGAAAAUACAAUUUACAAAAUGUUUUUUUGCAUUUAAUACGCGACUUUUAACGAGUGGCGGUUCUAGACUUUGUUCAGUUCUGUUUUCGGUUCGUUGUUGAGUGUUUAAGGGCUGAAAACAUCAUCAUGAGUAUAUAAAGUCUGUUCUCUAUUGUGUCUCAGAA